CCCCACGUCCAACAAGUCCACCAACGACAGUUACAACCCCAACAGCACCUACAAUCAUAUUCCCAACAGCUCCAAUAACAAUUUUACCAACAGGAAUACCUGGUAUCAAUUGUUUUUGUGUUUAUUCUUGGCAAUGUGAUCCCCAAAACGUGGUAGUGAUAGGUUCAUCUGGUGAAGGUGUAAUUGUUCCACGUCAACAGACACUCCUGUGCCCAGGUGUAGGACAAGUUUGUUGCAAAUUAAUAUCCAACGUAAUACCAACUAUUAUAAACCCAACUUUACAACCAUACAACACCAAUAGACAAAUUUGUUUCGUUUGUGGGAAUACAUUGCAAUGUAUUAACGGUGCUAAUUUCGUCAUGUCAUCUGGUACGAAUUUAAUUAAUUCACCACAAAUAAUAGCAUGUCCUAACGUAAAUAAUUGCUGCCAAGGAACCGGACCAAUAACCAACAUUGAUACAACUGUCAUCGUUAAUGGUCUUGGACAAAUGAAAUUUCCUGGUACUACCAAUGCUUGUUACUGUGUCAAAUCAUGGCUUUGUACUGAAGGAUACAUCGUUAAUCUCGAUGGUGCUGGUAUAAUUGAUCCAAGAUUUACCAUUUGUACUGCUGCCGAUGAAGUUUGUUGUCGACCACCUGGUAUUCUUGGAAUUAAUCGAGAUUCUGAAGUAGGACCACGUGAUCUUGUUGUCAAUGAUCCGGUAGAUCCACUUGCCAUUCAAGUUGUUUGCGGUAUACGUGGUACUGCUUAUGCACCAGAAACACCUUAUCCAGUAUCAUCGGGAAAAACAUAUUACGCAGAAUUUCCAUGGAUGGUAUCACUUUUCAUAAAACAACCCGAUGGCAAAUAUUUGUAUCUCUGUGGGGGUUCCAUGAUCAACAAUAGGGUUGUUUUGACUGCUGCACAUUGCGUUACCAAUCGAGAAAGUGGAGUGUUGGUUGCCAGAUUUGGACAAUGGAACGUUAAAAGUACAAACGAAUCGAUUCAAGAAGCAUACAUUAAAACAAUCAUCCCUCAUCCCCUUUAUUAUAGCGCUGGAUUGUUUCAUGACAUAGCAAUACUGAUUUUAAAUUCGACAGUUAAUUAUGCAAUUAACGUGAUACCAAUUUGUCUUCCACAACAAGGAAUGAAUUUUGCAGCUGGUACUCGGUGUUAUGGAACUGGAUGGGGUAGCAGCGCGUUUGGUACAAUUGGUGAAUUUCAAACGGAAUUAAGAAAGGUAGAUUUACCGAUAAUUGAACGAUCCGAUUGUCAAAAUCGUUUAAGGACCACAAAUUUGGGACAAAAUUUUUUAUUACAUGGUUCGUUUAUUUGUGCUGGUGGUGAACUCAAUAAGGAUACUUGUCGUGGUGAUGGGGGUGGUCCUUUGGUUUGUCCAACAAAUACUGGGCAAUUUAUUCAGGCUGGUAUAGUGUCAUGGGGUAUUGGUUGUGGUGAAUCUAACAUACCAGCUGUUUAUACCAGCGUUGCUCAACACAAACAAUGGAUCGAUCAAACUCUCGCAAAUUAUGGUGUAUAA